AUGCUUGCAAUGAAGUCCCUGCCUGCGACUCUUCAGCGCGAGUGGAGCAUGGUUCGUAAAAUCUACCGUCAGAGCGGUCGCGUGAAGCACACGCAAAGACUGGAACGGGCCCACGAGGCCAAGCUCCACAAAUUCGGUUUACAUCCAAGGCCAAGUUCCAGCAAGCAACUGCCCUCCACUUUACGCAUGCAGCAGAUUGUCCCCACGGUGGACUGUGCUAGUGCACUCAUCAAACAGGUGCAUCGCAACUUGGACAAAAGUAUGCGAGAUUUCCAGCAUGCUUCGCCUACCCUAAGUUUGCGGAGGGAGCAGCUGUUCCCUCCGGGACAGGAGUUCGUCGUGCGAACUCUUGAGCGGAGCCCACCGUUUACCACGAUGGCGCUUGUCGCCGGGCGUCUUCUUGGGGGCGGUUCGGAGGCGAUGGUUUUUGCAGCUGAAGACGUGAAUUUCUCCGAAAAGAGUGACGCCUUCCUGAGCGCGCAAGAGGCAUCCAAGGAGAUUUCCGGUGAAUGUCUGCCCAGUAUAAUGGCGAUAAAGAUCUACCUUUGCGAGGCGAACCUGCUUGAGGAGCCGUUCAAAGCCGCAGAAGAGGCAGAGGCUGUAGAAUGGCUGCAGAUGGCAUUCUGGCGCCUUGUUCCCCCUUGUGUUGAUGUGCCUCUCUCACGUCGCCUUGGAGUGGCCACGCCUUCGUGGGUGGGGUCUGUCGAGGGCAUGCCUCUAGUCAGCUGUGGUGACUCGCACUUUGCAAUUUUAAAUCGAAUCUCUGGGAUGCCGUUGAUGCUGGGUGACUUGCUGGCAAUUCCGCCGGCGGCGCUGCGUCUAUCGGAUCGAAUAUACUUGAUCCUGCGAUUGAUCCAGGUUGUUGCGAAUCUGCAUUGCCUUGGAGUGCUUCACAACGAUCUCAAGAUUGAGAACCUGCUUAUCGGACUCAACGGUCAGCUGUACGUCGGAGACUUAGGGGCCAUCCUGCCAAACACAGGGCGGCCGACGAAGUUUCAGCGGAUCGGAACGGACGUAUAUCUCGACCCGCAAAGUGCAGCGGAUUUUUUGAGAGACGACGAAGAUUUCUCGGUUGUCUACUCUCCCCUGCGCGAUGCAUGGGCGACUGGCAUAAUUUGCUACUACAUCUGGUGCAGUGGCGCGCUGCCAUAUAAUCUGAAUCUGGUGUAUAACCGCGUGGUAGAAGGUAGGCAAAUGUUCAAGUUCAUUGCUGAUUUGCCAACCUUACGUCAGCCGCUGCUGUUUGCGGGAAGUCCCAGUGAACAGAGUCCGGAAGUGUCUGAAAUAUGUCGUAUCAUCGAGUCCCUCCUCCGUCUCGACCGGUCGUCACGAAAGACGCCGCAAAGCAUCGUCGAACAGUCUUUCUUGUACGCUACGUACCGAGUUUGA